GGAUCCGGGAAACUAGGGUUAUUUGACAGCAGCAGGGGCAGCCGAAGAAGAGUUCGUGGAGCCCCGGCCGGAGCGCACGGAGGGGCCGUGCGGUCUCCACCAGAGGCGGUAGGACCGCAGAGCAGUUCUUGACCCCUCGCUCUCGCGUUCGCACACCGGAUCUUCGCCGAGUGCCUGGGUGCAGCGUGUGGGGCGUCUGCCUCGCUUGGUCCCCUCCAGCGUCACCAUGCUGCCGCCACAGCUGUGCUGGCUGCCGCUGCUCGCUGCGUUGCUGCCGCCAGUGCCCGCGCAGAAGUUCUCGGCGCUCACGUUCUUGAGAGUCGAUCAAGACAAAGACAGAGACUGCAGCCUGGACUGCCCCAGCUCCCCUCAGAAGCCGCUCUGCGCCUCAGAUGGGAGGACCUUCCUGUCUAGAUGUGAGUUCCAGCGGGCCAAGUGCAAAGAUCCCCAGCUGGAGAUUGCCCACCGUGGGAACUGCAAAGAUGUGUCCAGGUGUGUGGCUGAGAGGAAGUACACCCAGGAGCAAGCCCGGAAGGAGUUCCAGCAAGUGUUCAUCCCAGAAUGCAACGACGACGGCACCUACAGUCAGGUCCAGUGUCACAGCUACACAGGAUACUGUUGGUGUGUUACACCAAAUGGAAGGCCCAUCAGUGGCACCGCUGUGGCCCACAAGACACCCAGGUGCCCCGGUUCAAUAAAUGAAAAGCUGCCCCAGCGGGAAGGUGCCGGAAAAGCAGUCUCCUUGCAAAUCUUUUCCGUUCUGAAUUCAGAUGAUGCUGCAGCCCCAGCAUUGGAGACUCAGCCCCAAGGAGAUGAAGAAGAUAUUGCCUCACGCUACCCCACCCUCUGGACCGAGCAAGUUAAGAGCCGGCAGAACAAGACCAAUAAAAAUUCAGCAUCCUCCUGUGAUCAGGAGCACCAGUCGGCUCUUGAGGAAGCCAAGCAACCCAAGAAUGACAAUGUAGUGAUCCCUGAGUGUGCACACGGCGGCCUCUACAAGCCAGUGCAAUGCCACCCAUCCACUGGAUACUGCUGGUGUGUGCUGGUAGACACUGGGCGGCCCAUUCCCGGGACCUCCACAAGGUAUGAGCAGCCCAAAUGUGAUAACACAGCCCGAGCUCACCCAGCGAAGGCCCGGGACCUGUACAAGAACAGGCCACUGCAGGGUUGUCCUGGUGCCAAAAAGCACGAGUUUCUGACAAGUGUCCUGGAUGCGCUCUCCACUGACAUGGUCCACGCCGUCUCUGACCCCUCUUCCUCAUCUGGCAGGCUGUCAGAGCCAGACCCCAGCCACACCCUGGAGGAGAGGGUUGUGCAUUGGUACUUCAAGCUGCUUGAUAAGAACUCUAGCGGAGACAUUGGCAAGAAGGAAAUCAAACCCUUUAAGAGGUUCCUGCGAAAGAAAUCCAAGCCCAAAAAGUGCGUGAAGAAGUUUGUUGAAUACUGCGAUAUGAACAACGAUAAGUCCAUCACGGUGCAGGAGCUCAUGGGCUGCUUGGGCGUCACCAGAGAGGAGGGUAAAGCCAACACCAGGAAGCGUCACACCCCCAGAGGAAAUGCCGAAAGUACUUCUUCGAAUAGACAGCCCAGGAAACAAGGAUGAAUGGCUGACUACUCAAGACAGUUCCUAGACAUGUGGGAAUCUCCCUCACCAAAGAGCAAUUAAAAACGAAAAACAUAUAGUAUUUGCACUUUGUACUUUAAAUGUAAAUUCACUUUGUAGAAAUGAGAUAUUUAAACGGACUGUUGUGAUCUGUGAAAAUGGAAGGCUGGCUUCGAGAAAUUAAUCACAUACAAUGUAUGUGUCCUUGUUUGACCUUCGAGAUCUGUGCUGAUGGAGUGGGUUUUUAAAUGCAUUUCAGCUUCACUUCCUCAUCCCUCUGUGGAGGGCCCGGCUUAGCCCUUUGCCCUAUCCUCUGCCUGCAGUCUCCGUUGGCUUGCUCUUGGUCCUCUUGAUGCAAGCCAGAGCCUACGUGUCCUUAGGAGUUUUCAGUGGUCGCCUGUUUCAUGAGGUUUUGCUCUCUAGAGAUGUCACUCAGGCACUAGCUCAGGCAUAGCCUUAACUCCCAGUAGUGCCUGUUUGAGGCUGUGCCGUCAGACUCUGUCAGAGGACUCCAGUUUUAGCUUCCACUUGAGCUUUAGCUCUGCUCGAGUCAACCCUACUGUUAAAUCUCCAGGGAGCUGAGUGGGCAAGCAGCCAGAGAGUCCUCCUUCGGACAGCAAAUCUAACUCUGGCUGACUGGCUCCAUCCGACUGGCCCAGAAAGGAUACAGUCUGCCUGCCUCACUUCUAAGUGUCCGGGCCAUCCUGCUAGGGACCAUUGGAAAGGAAAAAUGCCUUCUGCAGAGAUCAUGGACCACAUCCCGUGGAAGGCAGAGCUAGACUGGAUCGCUCCAAGAGUGCCGAGCAACGGGCAGCUGAGAAUGUCACUUUGGUUCUGUGGGUGCCUGGGGGUUUGAGGGGAUUCAUCCAAGGCCCUUAUGGGAUGAAGGUUAGGAACUGGAUGACCACACUGUGAGGGACGGGACUGGGCUGGGCUGUGUGCAUAGUUGGCUGCCACUCUCUGACCUAGGUCGAUCUGUACUCUCUGUUCUCAAGGAACACUUGCAGAUGGGGCAGAGUUGGGGCAACUCUUUCAGAUUGGGGUUUAAUGGAAAACUGUUCAUGGUCCCCAGCCUCUCAGUCUACGUCUGUGGCUGCAUUGUGAACACACGUUGCGGAAGGCCUUUGCUCGUUUGAACUGUGUAUAGGCAAGAAGUGACCAGCUCACAUCAACGCUGUCUACCAAAAAAAAAAAAAAAAAAAAAAAGUAUGAUCCUAACUGUUUUGGAUAAUCUUUUAUAUUGCUGAACUCUGAAUUUAAUCAUUUUUAUUAGAUUAAAAUAUGCGAUUAAA